AUGAGGGACACGGGGAGCUCGUCUGAACCGGAGACCUCCGCCCCGCCGGUCGCCUCUGAUUGGGCCAAAUAUGACAAACUCUACAAAGACAUCCACCAGGGCCCCCAGCCCCGCACCCACACAGGGACACUCGACAGAGGCAUCAACAAGGGCCCGACCACGGCCAUACCACCUGCAGGAAGCUGCCCUGAUAAUCUCUUCCAGCUCCCCCAACAGACGCAGAGAACGAGAGUGAUGAAGUAUCCUCUGAACGACCAAAGAGCAGCAGCCCAGUGCGUCUCUGGGAGCGGCUCCCCGGCCUCCAGCACUCAGGAACCACGAGGCCCCCAGGACUCAGGAACCACGAGGCCCCCAGGACUGAGGAACCACGAGGCCCCAGGACUCAGGAACCACGAGGCCCCAGGACUCAGGAACCACGGGCCCCAGCACUCAGGAACCACGAGGCCCCCAGGACUCAGGAACCACGAGGCCCCCAGGACUCAGGAACCACGAGGCCCCCAGGACUCAGGAACCACGAGGCCCCCAGGACUCAGGAACCACGAGGCCCCCAGGACUCAGGAACCACGAGGCCCCCAGGACUCAGGAACCACGAGGCCCCCAGGACUGAGGAACCACGAGGCCCCCAGGACUCAGGAACCACGAGGCCCCCAGGACUCAGGAACCACGAGGCCCCCAGGACUCAGGAACCACGAGGCCCCCAGGACUCAGGAACCACGGGCCCCAGCACUCAGGAACCACGAGGCCCCCAGGACUGAGGAACCACGGGCCCCCAGGACUGAGGAACUACGAGGCCCCAGGACUGAGGAACCACGAGGCCCCCACGACUCAGGAACCACGAGGAACCACGGGCCCCAGCACUCAGGAACCACGAGGCCCCCAGGACUGAGGAACCACUGGCCCCCAGGACUGAGGAACCACGAGGCCCCCAGGACUCAGGAACCACGAGGCCCCCAGGACUCAGGAACCACGAGGCCCCCAGGACUGAGGAACCACUGGCCCCCAGGACUGAGGAACCACUGGCCCCCAGGACUGAGGAACCACAAGGCCCCCAGGACUGAGGAACCACGAGGCCCCCAGGACUCAGGAACCACGAGGCCCCCAGGACUCAGGAACCACGAGGCCCCCAGGACUCAGGAACCACGAGGCCCCAGGACUGAGGAACCACAAGGCCCCCAGGACUGA